CUAUUAUUUUAGCCAUACAAUAUUUUAUUUAUAUAACCUCUCACUUCCCUUGCUUCCUCAUCUAUAUAUACACUUGAAUCCCCUGACUUCCUUCUCAUAUUCUCCCUCUUCUCUCUUUACUUGUUUUAGCUGGGCACAUUCUCUUCUAAUUUCUCAAUUUCUCUUUGGUUAAGAAAUGGAAGUUGUUGGAUAUGUCAUAGUAGCUUUGCUCACAACACUAAAAGCAGUUGAGGGCUCUGGAAGUGGGUGGAUAAAUGCUCAUGCUACCUUCUAUGGAGGCGGCGAUGCCUCCGGCACAAUGGGUGGAGCUUGUGGGUAUGGAAAUCUUUACAGCCAGGGCUAUGGGACAAACACAGCUGCACUAAGUACUGCUUUAUUCAACAGUGGGUUGAGGUGCGGAUCUUGCUAUGAGAUUAAAUGUGUAAACACUAAAUGGUGCUUAUCAGGAUCCAUUAUUGUCACUGCAACCAACUUCUGCCCCCCAAACCUUGCUCUCCCUAAUAACAACGGAGGCUGGUGCAAUCCUCCCCUUCAACACUUUGAUCUUUCGCAGCCCGUCUUCCAACACAUCGCUCAGUACAAAGCCGGAAUAGUCCCAGUUCAGUACAGGAGGGUUGCUUGCAAGAAGGCUGGAGGAAUCAGAUUCACAAUCAAUGGACACUCCUACUUCAAUCUUGUGCUCAUAACCAAUGUAGGCGGCGCAGGCGACGUGGUUGCUGUGGAGAUAAAAGGUUCAAAAACUGGGUGGCAAUCCAUGUCCAGGAACUGGGGUCAGAACUGGCAAAGCAACUCCUACCUCAAUGGUCAAGCCCUCUCUUUCAAGGUCACAACCAGCGAUGGACGCACUGUCAUCUCCAACAGCGCGGCUCCAUCCAACUGGAACUUUGGCCAAACCUACAGUGGAGGCCAGUUCUAACUUUCCCAACACAAAAUCUGACCAUAAU